GUCACAUGCUAGGCUGCAACACCCCCAGUCUGGACUCCUCCAUACAAACAUACACGAGUGGUGCCUUGUUUUGGUCUGUUACGGCUUCGCAAAAAAAGAAAACUCAGCGACUUUAGGAGGAACUUAUUCAGCGGUUCGAAUUGAUUUGGUACGUUUCCGUUGUAAAUAACGGUCAGAUGCAUACGUUGCGCUCGUGCUUUGUUUAAUCGCACUUUUGGGAUUUUUGCAGACAACGCUUUGAUCUCCGGGGUAAACGGGGUCGUGUGCCGCUGACUGCGCUUGUUUUGAUAAUGCAUUCGGAUCUCCUGACUGAAAAUGACGCUGUUUUGUCAUUUUCACACUUUUGUAUUUUUUUUACAUCAUAAACCUGGUGCUUUCCGGUACUUGCAAUAUUUUUGAAGAUGUCCGAUAGAUUAUUUAAACUUAUUUGUAACAAUGUAAUGCUGCUGAAAAAAAACAAAACAAACAAAUCUAAGUCUACUACGUUGUCGAUGAACUUUUAUAAUUGAAGCGCUUGACGGAGCGCAUAAAAGUGACUUGUUUAAGUGCUAUUUUUCAAUUUUCACUCAAUGGAACCCCUUUUAUCUCAGUGCUCACAUUUGAAGAAGAGUGUCGAUAAAUGCAUAACGCUUUGACUUUCAAUCCUGCAAUUUUUCUAUAGUUUAUUUUUUGUAUACCAUGGCAAGUCCGACCACGGUGCAAGGAUGUUUUUCGGACGUGAAAAAGGUGGGUUAUUUAAGGAAACCCAAAAGCAUGCACAAAAGGUUUUUUGUACUGAGGGUGGCGAGCGCCUCCAGACCGUCCCGAUUGGAGUACUACGAAAACGAGAAGAAGUGGAGACACAAGUCUGGAGCACCGAAAAAGUCCAUUCCGCUGGAGAGCUGCUUUAACAUCAACAAAAGAGCGGAUUCUAAAAACAAACAUCUCGUCGCUCUUUACACCAAGGAUGAAUAUUUUGCCAUCGCUGCUGACAGCGAGGUAGAGCAGGAGUCAUGGUAUCAAGCCCUGGUUGAUCUUCAUAACAGAGGUAAGGUCCACGAAACUGCUGCGAGCCAUGGAGAUGGCGAGGAUAAUUACAGCGAAGCCAUGCCGGGACCUGCCUUCAAAGAGGUCUGGCAGGUUAUUUUGAAACCAAAGGGUCUGGGUCACACUAAGAACUUGAUAGGUGUCUACAGAUUAUGCCUCACCAAUAAGACUAUCAGUUUUGUGAAACUCAAUUCUGAUGCAGCCGCUGUGGUCCUGCAGUUGAUGAACAUUAGGAGAUGUGGUCACUCUGAAAAUUUCUUUUUCAUUGAAGUUGGGAGAUCUGCCGUUACCGGGCCUGGGGAGUUUUGGAUGCAAGUGGAUGACUCGGUUGUGGCUCAGAACAUGCAUGAAACUAUAUUAGAAGCCAUGAAAGCCAUGAGUGAGGAGUUCAGGCCACGCAGCAAAAGUCAAUCAUCUUCCAACUGCUCAAACCCUAUCUCAGUGCCUGUAAGGAGGCAUCAUAACAACAAUCCUCCCCCCAGUCAAGUUGGCUUAGGUAGACGCUCUCGGGCAGAGAGUGUGACGACCACUUCUCCUGUUAGACCUGGCAAACACAGCCAUUCAUUCAGAGUGAGAGCGUCCAGUGAUGGGGAGGGCACCAUGUCCAGACCUGCGUCUGUUGAUGGCAGUCCGAGCACAUCCCGACCUCAGUCGCAGCGACACAGGGGUGGAUCCAGACUUCACCCGCCACUCAAUCACAGCAGAUCAAUCCCUACGCCCACUUCACGGUGCUCCCCCUCAGCCAUCAGCCCCAUCAGCCUGUCAUCCAGCAGCACCAGCGGCCAUGGAUCCACAUCUGACUGCCUCUUUCCACGCCGCUCUAGUGCCUCCAUAUCUGGAUCACCAAGUGAUGGCGGUUUCAUCUCCUCAGAUGAAUAUGGAUCUAGCCCCUGCGACUUUCGGAGCUCCUUCCGUAGCGUGACACCAGACUCACUCGGCCACACGCCACCUGCCAGGGAGGAGGAGAUAAACAACUACAUCUGCAUGGCCAAGCCUGGUUCUCUUCCUGGCACUGGGAGCCAAUUGCAAAGUCAAUCCAGGGGAACGGCAUCAAGACUGGAGGAGCCAGAGCUGGAGAAAUGUUUCCGGAAGCGAACGCAUUCUUCUGGUGCAUCACCGCCAAUGCCAUGCCAUCAAAAGAGUCCCUCACAAUCAUCUGCUACAUCACUAGAGGAAUAUACUGUAAUGAUGCCCACAUACCCAAGAAGCCACUCUGGAUCAUCAUCGUCAUCAACCCACAGGCACUCCUUCAUGCCUACACAUUCAUACCCAGAGGAAGGUAUAGACACCUCACAAGCUAAAGACCACAGUAGACCAGAUCUCAAAGAUGACGGAUACAUGCCCAUGCUGCCAGGCAUUGUGCCUGCGACCCCAACAGUGAAAAGCAGUGACUACAUGCCCAUGAGUCCAAAAAGUGUGUCUGCACCACAACAAAUUAUCAACCCCCGGCAACACUCACAUGUUGACUCUAAUGGUUACAUGAUGAUGUCACCAAGUGGCAGCUGCUCUCCAGAUGGCACAACAAACUAUGGCAAGAUCUGGACUAAUGGCAUCAACCCUAAGCUCUCCAUAGAGAGUAUGGAAGGUAAAGUGUCAUCUUGUGGAGACUACAUAAACAUGUCCUCAGCUAGUUGUUCAACGACCAGUACACCUCCAGACUGCUUUUUCAACCCUGUAGAAGAUCCUCCCAGGCCAAUGUACGCUUACUUCUCUUUGCCCCGUUCCUUCAAACAUGCCAACAGAAAGCAGGACCAGAGCUCUCUUCGGAUAUCACUAGGCUCGAGUCGAUUGGCAUAUGCAGACUCUUCCUCGUCUUCAGCAAGCAGCGACAGCUUGGGUGGUCAAGGCAACUCGCAGCAGUCUGCUGUCAAACCCAAAAGGUUAGAGGGCAACGGGAGGCUGACACGUCCAACACGGCUGUCACUGGACACCAGCAAAGCAAGUACUCUUCCACGAACACGUGAGAGUCCCUUCCCCGCUGAGCCCAAAAGUCCUGGCGAGUAUGUCAACAUUGAAUUCAAUGACAAGGUGUUUUCGGCGAGCUUAGCAUCGCUGUUCCCACCUGGGUUUUCUGGAAGUGAUGCUGAGGCCUCAUCAGACCUUUCAUCAUCCGAGUACAUGAACAUGCAGCUGGGGUCGCAGACAGGGCAUUUGUGCCCAGAAAUGCAGAUUUCCACUUCCUGUUCAGACUAUGCCAUAAUCACUCCAUCAAACUCUGUAUCCUCCCCUCCACUGCCCUGUGAGAGUACAUGUGACCGUGACUACAUUAGCAUGCAGUUAGCAUCCUGCACUAGCUUUCCUGAUACUCAAAUGAUGCUGAUGACCAAGGACUUGCCAGAUGGAGAUGAUGCCCCUUCUUGUUCUGUAUCACCCAAUCAUGAUGUGACUGCGUUAAGUGGUGCCUCAGGGAGAUCGUCUCUGAUCGGCCCUUUGUCAGGGCUUAGUGCAUUCACACGUGUAAACUCCAAUUCUGGGCGAAACCAAGGGGCUAAAGUAAUCCGGGCUGACCCACAGGGUCGACGGCGACACAGUUCAGAAACAUUUGCUUCCACAACAACCAGAGGGUCAGCUGACACAUUGGCCACCUGUCAGUCAGGUGAAGUAAAGCGCCACAGCUCAGCCUCUUUCGAGAAUGUGUGGUUAAGACCUGGUGAGGCCUCUGCUACUUCUAUCACUCCUCCUGCAUCUACAGUAACCAAUGGACGAAGGGAAACCUCUUCAGGCACAAUUCCCACAUUAACAAACCAUGACCAGAACGGCCUGAACUACAUUGAUCUGGACCUAGUGCAGAAUGGAGAGCAGCAUGUUCCUGACUGGAAUGCGUUCCAAUCUCGGCCAGUGGAGCUGGGAGCUGUCGAAGGUAUAGAAGAGCUCAGUGCCUACGCCAGUAUAAACUUCCGGAAAUCGGGUGAGAACAGAGGCAAUCUCACAAGCAGAGAAGAAUGAAGAGUAUAAAGCCGCCGCAUCUUCAAGCGUCAAGACUCAACAUCUCUCCCUGUUCACCAAAAGCCGGACCUCGAUAAACUCACUAACCUUCCAGACCCACAUUAUCACCCAGACGCUACCAAAACCAUAUGGACAAUCAGACCUCAUAGCAUCACGUAUCCGGAUCAAGCAAGUGCUGGAUUCCACUAACCAUAAAUCUCUCUCAAGCGGACUUUCGCUGUGCUCCCCUCUUCAGACAUUACCAGACUUUACUGUCCAACUGUUACAGACUCGGUACAAAUCAAUUUCUACCGUCAAACAUGGUAAAACGGCACCUUUUGAGAUAAAGGCCAAUGGUACUGCAGUAGUAGUGUAGCCUCUCAAGCAAUGUUCCAUUAAUAAUAUUUAUGUAAAUGAUGUUACUUCACUAGUAGCCAAUGUACGACAAUUUUUUUUUUGGUACAGGAAUGCUUUACGAAGCAGCCAUAUUGUGUUGGGUUUGUACGACAGUCCCCAACAGUGUUGAUUGUACCUGUUUCUGUCAGUUCUGCCAGAUAUUUCCAUUCCAUCUGGAAUUACAUGUUGUGAUACAGCUCUCAGUUAGACACGUUCAUACACUCAGUACAGAGAACCUCAAACACCCCCCGACAUCACCUCAGGAUUUUACAAGAGUUUACACACACACACACACACUGUGUUUCAGCACUGUGAGCUGUGAGCCAUGACUGACCCUCAUGCUGCCAAACACACAAUGUGAUGUCUGUCAAACCCAUGUUUCAUUUCAUACUUAGUCAGAUUAUAUCCCGUGGUGUUUAUUUUGGCCUCCAACCACAACUUCACCCCCAUUAUUUUUUUAUUAUUAUUUUAAAUCAUUUUAUUUCUAUUUUUAUUUUAUUAUUAAAAACUUUUUUUUAGCACAAAAAUCAAUAAACGAUUUUUAAUAAUGAAUGUAUAUCUCAUAUAGAGUAUAUAUGGCUUCCAAACAGAACUAUGAAUCAUCUUGGUACUAUUCAUUUUUUAAAUUAUUUCAUUUCUUUUUAAAAACAUUUAUUAUAUAUUUAAAACCUUUUUUUUGUUUGUUUAUUGUUUCCAUGCUAAUGUAAUUAAAGCAUAUCUCAUAGAUAUUUUUUGGCUUGCAAACAGAACCCAUCCACAGAAAAAAUUAUAUAUACAUUUUGGUACAAAUUUUCUUUCACUUAAUUUUUAGUUUUCAAUGAUAUAUGCACAGGUAUGGUUACCAUAAUUUAAAUUUUUACAUUAAAUGAUUACCUGAUGAACAAUACAGAGAUUUUGUGAAUGAUGAGGGGCGGACUUUUACUUAUUUAUUCUAUCAUUAUCGUCACAAAUGAGGCCUUACAGUCCUGGUUGGGCUCAAUAAAGAGCUUCACAUUCAUGGGUGUGUAAAUCCCAGGACUGAACUAACAUUUCUGAUCAGAUUGUAUCAAACUGAACAAUUGCUGUAAGAGUUCACGUAAACAGUCGAUUUUACAGGCAGCAGUGCAGUUUUUUUUUUUUUUUUUUUUAAGCAUUCUGCUGUUAAACCUUGGAAGCCAGUCAAAGUUGCUAUUUUAAAGUUUUAUUUCAUUGCAGAUUUAUCUUUAAUUUCAUAAGAUUUAUUUUUGCUUAAAAUAACUCUUGCUGGGGCGAUGGUAAGUUCACAGUAACCGGUUUAAAAAAAAAGUAAAAAAAUAAAUAAACUCAAUGUCUCAUGUUUGCUGCUGAAAUUAAAUAUAUGAUGAACAAUCUGUAAAUUAUUGAAUGAAUAGAAAUGUUGGUUCUCUUUUGACAGUUAAAGUAUUUAACAUUUCAAGGUUGGUGUUUCAAUUUUUAUAAUUUUUUUUGCCUGUAUAAUCUCAACAUAUUUUUAAAAUGUGUCUACUGUUCUUAUGCGCAAUCUUUUUGUGGGGAAUAUUUGCUUUUAUAGUAAAAUGUGUAAUCCAACCUUUUUAAGAGAAUGGUACGCUUCUCUAGAGUUUCCUUAAUUUUUUAAAUGAUGCUUAUUAAUGAAUCAUGCACAUCAGGGAGUUCCGUUUUUCCCCCACUAACUUUGGAUGGAAUUGCUUUUGGAAACCUGUUACACUUGUGUUUUCCUUAGUUCUGAUUGGCUGUAACAGUGGUGUUCCUGAAACCUGAUAGGCCGUUCUAAAGGUUACCUGUCAUUCGAUAGGUUGCAGUUGUCGAUUUAGCACCCCGCGGUUGUAUUGCGAUACAGGGUGUGGGGCAUCACUCUUCCCACGAUUAUGUGGCCAAACCUUCAACAUCUCAACCAAACUUGUUCUCCUUUGUAAAUACUGUAGAAAUGAAAACCAAUGAUUGGUGGAUAUUGGACUGACCAGUGAUGUUUGGUUUUAUGCAUACUCAAAGCAAGCAGAUGAUUGGUCUUCUUGAAUGAAUGAAUGAAUUGAAACAUGUAAACAAUGUGAGUGUUUAUACAGAUGAAUGGAUGUAUGCACCUGUAAACAAAUAUGUUCGUUUUAAUUGAAUGAAAUGACAAGCAGUAAGGAGAGGGCUGUGUAAACCCCUCCCCUCCCCCUAUUUAGAAGAAUGGUAUCUUCUGGAACCUUGAAGUGUAAUAAAGUAGAAGCGCUUAUCUUUUCUGAA